CUGACUGAGAGGCAACGGGCUCAAAAUACAGUUUGUCGUAGCAACUGAAAAGUUUUUCUUCCGAUAAAAACAUGGAUGCUACGAAAAAACCGUUGCUUAUCCCCCCGGAAUUUGCAAACUACGCCGAAAAGCAUGGCAUAUUUCAAAUUUACGAGAGGCUGCUGUCCCGUCUGAUUGUAGAACAGCCAACUGAUCCUCUCACAUGUAUGAUUGACAUCUUGCAGCAAGAAGAAAGUGUUCCACAGAUCGUAAUCCAUGGGCCCCCAGGGUCAGGGAAGAGAAGCAUGGCUGUCAUGAUCAGCAAGCAUUUGGAUUGUGUUUGUCUCAAUGUCAACAACAUCAUCUCCGAGUCUGAGUCAAAGUUGGCAUCCAAGGCCAAUGAAUAUAUUUCAGCCAAACAGGAAGUUCCCACUCACAUCUGGGUCAACCUUAUUGCUGAAAGGAUAAAGAAGACAGACUGUUUAACAAAGGGCUGGUUACUUGAAGGCUUCCCACAGACAAGGGAACAGGCACUGGCUCUACAAGUAGAAGGGAUCAUUCCAAGCCACUUCAUUCUCCUUGACUGCCCUGACACCGUAUUGAUUGAGAGGGUAAUGGGUAAACGUGUUGAUCCUGAAACUGGAGAUGUGUACCACACCACAUUUGAUCCUCCCAGCGAUCCUGAAGUUGUAAGGAGACUAGUGCCAGACCCCAAAUGCACAGAGGCAGCCAUGGUGGGGAGGCUGAUGGAGUACCACAGGCAUAUUGAUGGAAUCUUGGCAUGUUAUGAAAAUAUCUAUAAGACUGUCAAUGCUGACCAGCCAAAAGCUGAUGUCUUCUCCCAAGUGCUCGCAGAUAUCAAGACAAAUCCACGCUCUCAAGCUCCACACACCCCACGGGUGGUGCUGCUUGGACCGACAGGGUGUGGCAAGAGUGUCCAGGCAGAACUCCUGGCCAGCAAAUAUGGUCUUAUCAAUGUGUCUUGUACAGAGCUUAUAAAGCAAUCCCUUGCAGACGGCUCUAAGAUUGGAGAGUCAAUACAGCCAUACAUAGACAGGAAGAUGAUGGUGCCAGAUGACCUUGUGUUGCAGUUACUGCAUCAGCGUAUGAGUCGGCUUGAUGCUGUCACCAAGGGUUGGGUCUUGCAUGGCUUCCCCAAGACAAGGGAGCAGGCUGAGGCACUGGGCAAAGCUGGCUAUGAGCCAAACAGGGUUGUGUUCAUGGAUAUCCCCAAUGACACUAUACUUGAGAGACUCACCCUUAGAAGCAUUGACCCCGUCACUGGUGAAAGAUAUCACUUAAUUUAUAAUCCACCACGAUCAUCUGAAGUUAAGGACCGACUACAAAGGAACAAGAAGGAUCAGGAGGACGAGGUGAAUGACCGCACCGCACAGUACCAGGCGUACAUCGAGGAAAUCGCCGAGUGCUAUGAGGAGAUUGGCCAGCACAUCAAUGCCGAUCAGGACAUUCACACAGUCUUCGAGUGCAUUGAGAGCAUAAUCGUCAACCGCAUUCCUAGAAAAGUCUGAAUUGUGCACAACAGAUUAUUUUCUAUAUGAGAAGGUUCUUGCAUUUAUGACUAUCGGGUAUGAUUCUUCCUUACCUUUUCUGGGUUGCAAGCAGGCGAGAGCCGGUUUUAACAUUCCCGACAUCAAACAACAGAUAAAUCUUUAAGAAGAGAUACUAGUAUAUUUUUUAAAACAGUGUAUUUUAGGGUGUUUUUCCCAAAUACCAGCUUAACCGAAAUUAUUCGAUGUGACCUCGCCCAACAGAAUAAGCGGUAUCGAUCCCAAAGUAAGGUUUUUUAGUUGUAGUCAGUCCUUCCAUUCGCUUGCAGCUAUAUAUAAAUAUAGAUUUGGAAGCUGUCAGUUUACCACAUAUCCUACACAUAGAAAAAGUGUGGUUGUAAAGAUAUUUUAUUGUAAAUAUUAAAACUUGAAGCUAGCUCUUCCUAUCUCCUU